AGCAACCAAGCAAAAGACUUCAAUGCAAAAUCCCCUUCAGCAUUUCCACCCCAAUACAACCCGGAUUGAUUACUGCCGGCUGAAAGCUGAACGCAAACUGAAAUUUCAGUAUAUAUUGGUGUGAACUGUCUUUCAAGAUGUCGUCUUCUCGGCGGAGAGAAACGCUUUUUUUAGUAGCUGUUUUGUUGUUAGUGCAGAUUCAUGAUUCCCAAGGCGCUGACUGUAAACCGGAGGAACUAAAAUAUGAAUUCACCGAAUGCGAUUCAAGCGAUGGCCGAUGGCGAGUUGCUGUGCCCAAAAAGGUGGGAAGUUGUGAAGCCAAAGAAGCAUUAUCAAGGCAAGAAAAAUGCGUUUUUACUUGUGACCCUGGCAGCUACCUUGAUGUCAACAGUGCUAAAUUAGARUGUAAAAAGUGCCCUAAGGGACAUUAUAGUGUGGGUGGAGGUGUUCGAUUCACUGACUGGAGCAAGUUACCUGUUGGYUUUGAUGUCCAUUCAAGCCAGCUCCGUUACCGUGGUUAUGGUUAUGAUAAUGAGUUCAAUAAAGAGAAAGGAGUCAACUGUUCAAAGACUGGCUGGACACCUCUGGGUGACAGCGUAGCAACUUCUGGRGAAGAAUGUACCUCUCAGUUGUCAUAUGCUGUUACGCUCAAGAAAGAUGGUUUUGUUAAAUUCAAGUAUCAUUUCACCGACAACAUGUACACUGUCUUCAAAGUCUUUCUCCGUAAUGACCAAUGUAGAGCUUCCUCGAAUUCUAAACAYCAGUUCUACCCAGAGAACACCAUGGAAAAUGAGUGGGUUGAGAAGAAGAUUGAUUUAAAAGCAGGACGAAACCUGAUUACUUGGGAAGUCAGUGCACUUACUUAUGGAAGUCAUGAGAGAAGAGAUCCUGUUUAUAUUAGUGAAAUAGAAAUACAAGGGGUUGCAUAUACAUCAGAAUGUCAGAUGUGUGAAGAAGGAUACUUUGCAAAGGACGAAGGAUCAGCAUUCUGUGAAAUCUGCCCUAAGAAUACUAUGUCAGUUGCUGGCGCUUCUAAGUGUUCAAAGUGUAACGAGGUCACGGAAUACUCAGCUCCUGGAUCRAAAAACUGCUCAGAAAGAAAGCCAUGCACCCAGCAAGACUACUAYGACACAAGAACGGCRUGUAACGGUGACCACAAGACCCAGGUKAAGUACAAGUGGAUAGARCCAAAAAUUUGYAGAGAUGAUGUYCAGGGGGCAGUGAAGCUACCAGCAUCAGGUGCCAUGGAAGAAUGUCCUCCUUGUAAUCCAGGAAUGAAGGUCAAUGGUACAGGAUGUGUGUUUUGUCCAGCCAACCAAUUCAGUGAUGGCAUUAAAGAAUGUAAACCAUGUCCUGUMAGCACAUCACCCAUGUAUGGUUAUGACAUCAAAUGGUGGAGAAGCAUUCCUCCAAAUAUGAAGGCUUCAUGUUUCUCAAUAUCUGAGCGUGGAUGUACGUCAAGGAUAGGCUGGCAGCCACAUGGUAACUACAUUAGCAGUGGAAUCAACCAUGGCGACGAUGUGUACUUACUGCUCAAGCUUACCACCAAGGGAUUUGGGCCACCUCAGGGAAAAGCUGGAGUCUACGGAAUGGUGACUUUCGUGUUUGAGAUGGACUGUGAGGGAGACUGUCUCUUCAAAUUCAAAAAGACUGAAGCUUAUAAAGGUGAAACAAUCGUGGAAUCUUGGAAAGGGAAGCAUACGAAGACUAAAUACUCGUAUAUAGUGUCAUCUCAAGGGAAAACUACCUUUAGAUGGACUUUCCAGAAGUUUUCUUCUGAUGAUAGUUUUACUGAUCAAGGGUUAUCAGAGUCCCACAAGUAYUCAAAUGACAGGGUUAAAAUCUACUCUUUGAAUGUGACRAACACUCUUGAUGGUGGUGCUGCUUCUUGUAAAGACUGUCCUGUCACCUCAAAAGACAGUUGUGUGUCAUGUCCAACUGGAAACUACAUUGAUGAAGCACAAAAGAAGUGUGUUCCCUGCCCUAAAAACACUUUUCUCAAUGUAACUCAUCCUUAUGGCUUGAAAGCAUGUCUAAAAUGUGGUCCAGGGCUUGUCAGUGAUGAGGGGUCUAUAUCAUGUCACUCUGACUGCAAGUUUACAUCAAAGAAGUUUAACAGAGAAUUCGACUUCUCAAAACUCCAGGGGCAAGUUGUUGUUGCUGGUGCGCCAUCAUUCACCACAAGAGGUUCUCGUUACUAUCAUGUCUUCCACAUCAGUUUAUGUGGACACCCAUACAAAGAGUCUGUCUGUCACAGCAAUGUCAGCGUUAACACAGGACGCAAAGAAGAGUUCAAUUUAAGCUCCAGUAUUUGUCGUUAUACUAUGAUUCCUAACCAGCAAGGGUCUGGACUCGCUGCCCAACCCAUACGAAUUGGUCAAGAAUUGAAUGGUAUCUAUGAAGAUAGACUUCAUAAUGAGACUUCAGCAUUUGAAGAUGCUGGAAUAAUCAAAAAUACAACAACUCACUUCAAUUAUCACUAUCAUUCUGCUGAGCCAACUGCUGCUUGUCCUUCUGGAAGACAUGUUGUAGUAACAUUGAUGUGUGAUCAUGCGGUUCCCAAAAAGGAGCAUGGACACAAGACCACWAGUUACAUGUGGAAGGAACCAAAAACAUGCCGGGAUGGUGUCUCUUUACCUGCGGAGAUUGUUGAAGAAUGUAGCAUUCUGGACCAGACCGUUGGAUCAGCCAUGAAAGAUUUUAAGAUUGGUAUUGGUGUUGCUGCUGCAUUGGCUGUUCUUCUCAUCUGCUCUGUUUGCUUCUUGUAUUGCAAGAACAGAAAACUAACAUACAAGUACAGUCGUCUUGUACAAAAUGGUACUGGUCACCCGGACGAACUCCCGCAUGUUGAGAAAUGUGGUAUGGACGACGACGAAGAAGACGAAGAUGAAGAGGUUAUGUUUAAACGCGGAGCUAAAGAACGUGGUAAAAAGAUCCUUAAGAGUCUGAGAGGUUUGGCUUCCAAGGGUCGUAAGCAUGAUAAAGUUACGUUCGACGACGAAGAUGACGGCGGAGAUGAGGAAUACUUCGAAUCUGUGCAGCUCGAGGCCGUGAGAGAGUCWUCAGACAGGUUUUAAAACGAGUUUAACUGUAUUAGUUAAGACUGGAUUGACCUGUUUGACCUCUGGAAACACCGCGGUAUAUUAUUCAAUGAAUAAAGUGUCACUCUUCGAAACAAAAUUAUAUUCCACGCAAUCCAAAAAAGGCAAUUCUUCGAUUUGCUGCCUACUGAAUAAGGUUUGAAAAAGAAACUAAAUCUAUUCCUUUCACAGAUAAUAAGCCAGUAUUUUCAUUCGAGAUUUGUCCCUGAAUAUGCGACUUAUAACAAUGUGAAAAAAAUAAUAUAAUGAAGGGAUUAAACCCUUAAUGUCAUUUUCACGGGUUUAGUGGCUUCAGUGACUUUUUCAGUAAACAGUGUACAUAGAUCCUAGGACAGCCUUUAUUUAAAUAUAUAAGCUAAAACAAUAAUCCAGUUUCGAAUUCUCCAAUGCUCUGUGUUAGCCUCAUUUGUGCGCAAAAUAUUCCUUAUUGUGAGAAUAAAGUGUGAGAUUUCAAAUCAAUUCUAUUGUCUUCUUUUCAAAUUCCAUGCGUUUUCUCGGGCUCUGAAUAAAACAAAAGAAUAUGUUACACAGAGCAAACCAGAACUCGAAACUUGGAGUAUUAAUGUUAAAGAGGUUUAGGCAAAAACCGGUAAAGCAUGUGCUUGGCAAAUAA